UAUUGUCUCAGUCAUCGCUGAUAGCCCCAGGAAACAGGGAAGAAUGUUCAGAAUAAUAUUCUACUCAUUCUGGGUGAUAAACUACACUUGGUUAGAGAUAUUGCUGGUACCAGUUACUGGGCAGUCAACUGUUGGUGAUGGAGAGCAAGAAUCAAAUUCUCUUCAGAAGUAUUUAGUAGCUGCUCUUGUCAUGCUGGUUAUAGUUCUGUUAGUGUGUGUUGCAGCAAUCUUUGGAGUAUCUCUCAUCUACCUUAAACUCCUUCAGAUCAGGAAAAUGCUGUCAGAGAAAGAUGAUGAGACAUACGCACAGAUUGGUGCAAACCUGGCUCAAAUUACGCAAGUGAGAAAAGAUCAGGACUUGACCAAUAUGAAUGGGAAUGUGAAAGGGAACAACUGCAUUGCACAAGUGGAAAAUGGCAAAGAACAUGAGACAGAAGGGAGGUCGACCAGGUCUUCUUAUCUUAAGCUUCCUGAUGGAACUACCUCAUCUAAGUCUCCAGACAAGGCAAUGCUUGACAUGGAUCCUUCAAAAGAUUUUAGUGCCAAUGGAGUCAGAGGGGACAGUCGGUUAGCAGACAAUAUCCCUAAAUAUGCCUCACCACCUUCUUACAACAAUGCUAUCAAAAAUGGCUCACGGAAUAUUGUGAUGCAAAUGGAAAAUCCAAAGGGGCUCCACGAAAGUGUAACUCAGAGAGAGCUGAAUAAUUCCCAGGGCAAUGCACUUCAACAGUCAACAGGAUUGAGAACUUUCAGUCCAACUGCAAACAGUGGUUCUGCUAUCACACAAAGCAAUCAGAAGACUGCAAAAAAGCCUAAGACUGAAGCAGGACAUCUGACAACAAAUCCUCCAGAGGGCUCUUCUCCUGAUUCUAGCAUUUAUGCAAUUUACGAUGUGCCUCGGCCUUGCUUAUGCUCCUCAAUGUGCCGAGGUGUUGUCUGGCACACAUCAACUUUUCAACACAAUACUCUGAAGCGCUCCUUAAGCGAAAUAGGUCCUAAUGCAUUUGAACUACCAAUUGAAAUGCUUCAGGAAAACAAGUACGCUGUGCCUAGACCAGUGACUUUUCCAAGCAAUGUGAAUUAUGAAACUGAACUUAAGAAUCUAGAGAAAUGUUCAUCCAAGGACUCAGGUGUUCUGUCGUAUGUGGACUCACAGUUACUAGAUUUGAUUCCUGAGGUAAAUGAACCUCAUCUUGACACCAAAAGUAAUCUGGAAAAUAAACAAAGACAAGCAGCUGACAAGGAAUCCACUGGAGACAGUAGUUUAUUUAUUUAAUCAAAUUGUAAAUUAGGAGCCCACAAGAAACAUAAAAUGAGUAAUGUGCCUUUAAAUUUUGAAGGAAGGAAGGAAUCAGCCUGUGCACUUUUUAAAGACACAAAUGGCACCAAGUGUUAAACUUCAUUUGUGCAUCUAAUUUGUUUUGGUGAUAAGUUCAGCCAACUGAAAGUAGGUUAAUUUACCAACUUUUAAGACCUCUACAAAGCAACAGGCCAUGCAACUAUAGCAAAAACCAUCUUGCUCCAGUUUACAAGAGUGAAUGGUACAUGAAUGAGCAACAAAUUGUUGAAUCAAUGGAAGCGGUGAAAAGAUAACAGCUUCUAAAACACUCAAACAGCAAAGAAUUUCCUUUCGAAUGAAACAAAGACUCAGCAUAUUUUGAUUAUGCAUAAAAAUCGAUUUUACAUCAUUGAUCUAAAGAUUAUGUUACAUGGCAUAUUGUGACAUUGUGGUGUCCGUAUCUAAUUCUGGUGUCCAUUACAUUCUGGAAGGAUACUAAAGCCAUGGCAAAGAGACAUCUAUAGGAACAAAAUCAAGACUUCCAGUUAUCUGUGGAGACAAAAGAAAUUGAAAUCGUUCUAUCUAGACCAGAAAAAGUUAAGGGAGAAUUAACAGAGUACAAAAUGAUGAUGGAUUCUGAUAGUUUCUGCCUACCUACUCUGUCACCACUGGCACAGUUGUGCAAGGGACACAGAUUUAGGAUUAUUAAGAAAAUAACCAGCGGGGAGAGCUUCUUUUCACGCAGCAAGUUGAUGAGAGAUGCAUUUCCUGGAAAAGGGGUUGGGACACCAGUACCAUACCCACUAGUUUAGUGUGCAGCCUUCUACUUUCCAUAAACAGCAAGUCAUAGUUGUAAGGUUGCUCAGUGGCACCUUAUUUUGGAGAGAAGGAAUCUACCACAGGGAAAUCAAAUUACAGUUGCUGGCACUCAGCUAAGUCACAAGGCAAGUGUUUCGGAGAGUUUUAUGAUCAGAGAAGGGUUGGCACAGGGCAGGGACAUUUUAAUUUCCUUGGAGGACUCCUCUUGCUGCAAGUUUCCCAUUGUGAGAAAGCUACGAUUCCUACUCCACUCUUCACCACUUAGGUUGGAGUUGAGGAUCAUCAGGCCCUGAUCUUCAUAUUUUAAGAAGGCCUGUAAUGACUUGUAGGCAUCUUUGCCACAUGUCAACAAAGACAGGCUACUGCAAAAGGCACUAGGAAUGAAGGAGGCUAUGAGCAGUCAACUAAAGUAUCAAUGUUGAUCACAUGAUCUCAACACACCCCUCUGCCCUGUUCUUUCUACCAAAGUUUAAACUAUCCUUGCUAAAUUCAUUAAAAUUGUUGUCUAAAAAUAUUUCCUACAGAUUAUGGACGGUAUAGACAUAAGUAUCCUGAAUCCUUACCUUCAUAUCUUUGUACGUCAUUUAUCCCUAAAAGUUUCCAAAUCAUCUGAGGAAGAGUUCAUUUUCAUCUCCAAAACUGAUGGGAAAAUGAUUCAAAAGAAAACUGAUGGUUAUCUGCUAACAAAAAUCAGAAGACCAGAUUAUAAAGUAAAAAGGUGAGGCCAUCAAAGUCCCAGAAGGUUAAUUUCUCAUUAGAGAGGUGGUGGCUUUACAUGACAGUCACCACCUCUCAGGUGAGGAGUGAGGUUGAGAAGGUAGGACCUUCAUAGUAACCUCAGCUGGCUUUGGAACUGAACCCAUGCUGUUAGCUCCACUCUACAUUGCAAGCCAACUGGCCGGCCAUAGAACUAAUCAACUACUAGAAGUAACGCAAAAAUACCAACAGAUGUAUCUCAGGAUGUUUUAACCUCCACAAACCCAUAUGGCUGUCUCAAGAUAUGUCUAAGGAUGGUCUUAUUUGACAUCAGGAUAUUCUAGCAAAGUUGCAAUCUAUAGUCAUUAGCAAUCUGAUCAGCAAUCUGAACUCUCAUUUCAGGGACUUUUCUCACUUGGUUCUCCCCCAUAAUUAAUAAGAGCAGACAGCUUGACUUCAAUGGACAGGUUGUAUUACAGAGAUGAUAGCCAUGAACGAGUCAGCAUUUUUUUUUGGUUUUGUUUCCCAUUGAGAAAGAAGUGUAAAUGAGAGUAGGGAAGUUCAAUGUCAAGUUGGGUAUGGAAAUAAAAAUAAAGAAGGAGAGCAGCAUUCAAUUAAGAGAACAGGAGGAAGACUCAUGAAAGAAAUGUUUUGAAACGGCAUUUUCAAUUUUCCAUUUUUAAAAUCACCAACAACAAUUCCACAGUUGCAAGAUUUUCACUUCCAGAGACUGAUAACAUUAUUUUAUACUGAUCAUAUGGUUGAAAGGAUGCAUAGGAUGGAAUGUACAAAAUGGAGUUUUGUGUUGAGUUUAGUUUGCUUCAACCAAGAAAAUUCACAUGUUCCAUAGAUUUGAGAAUCAGGCAGCGAAUGGAACAGCAGGACAAUUCAAACAGCAGGUUUUGCAUUUUUAGGUUGACAUUAAAUUUGCUUCUCUGCUGAAUGUUGUUACGCCAUCUGCACAAUAAUAACGGUGAGCACCAUUAUUUUCUUUCGUAAGUCUCUGGCCAAUUUUUACCAUAAUACAGCAAGGAACAGGGUUCGGCCUUGCUUCGGUGAUCACACGUUUGCCUCUGUAUCAGAGGUUGGACCAGGACCUGACUACAUAUUCUAGGCUGCAAUUUCAAUGCAUUGCUAGGGAUUGCUAUUGUGUUGGGUGUGCCAUAUAAAUGAUGAGAUGCCAAACUUGCUCUGUUAAAUGGAUGUGAAAGAUUCCAUAAAAGAAUGAUUUCCUAACCGAUAUGUAACCCUCAUCAAAUGUGACUAAACAUUGAAUACUUUGUUACUUGUAGCACUUUGCUGAGUACCGGCUUGAGAUGUGUUGCCUACACUAUAAUGACUUUACUGCUUGUAAAGUGGUUUAGGACAUCCUGAUGUUGUGCAAUGCUCUGAAUUGUUAUAAAUGCUUUCUUUCUUAGGUGAGUUAUUAAUGUUAAUUUUUACUAUGUAAAAAUUUGAAUAUUAUUCAUUCACUUUGAUUUAUUGAAGCC